UUAGCUGGAUCCUGUGAUGGUAAUCAGUAUAAUGAUGUCAAGGAUUCCAGUAAGAUCACUGGGAGCAGUGGUACUGACAAUUGCAAUGGCUGUUUCAUUGACUCAACGGAGGAAUCCAACUUUGUGUACACAUAUACCACAUCAACUGGAGUUGUGUAUGAAGAGCCAAAGGAAUUCACUGGUACUUGCACAUGUGGGUACUACAUUGAAGACUGUUGUGUCACAGUUGUCCCAAGUCAAACAACAGAUACUGAAUCUGAAUCAUCUAUUGUUGAUGGUACAUUUACAACAUUUGAUGGUGUUCAAUAUGAACUAGACACAAGAGGUGAAUUUGAAUUCUAUAACAGCUCUGAGACUGAUGUCUACAUAAGAAUGACACCAUGUGGACUCCAAGAUGUUUGCCUUACACAAGUACAAGUAUCGACCGAGACUGCAUCUGUUGUUGUUCAUGCUCCUUACACAAAUACUUCUGACGCUGUUGUUUUUGGUGAUGAUGGUCAAGAAAUUGACUUCACAAAUGCCAUCACAACAACACUUGAUGAGAACACAUCCAUCACCAAAUCAGAUGAUAAUGAGUUUGUUGUUACAAAUGCAGGUGAUAACACUGAAACAACCAUCACUGUCAACUCUGAGGGAACUCUUAAUGUUGUUGUUACAUCACUCAUUAAUUCAUGCUCCAAUGAUGUGAGUGGGUUGGCUGGAUCUUGUGAUGACAACCUGAACAAUGAAUUAACAACUGGAAAUGGGGAUUAUAUUGACCCAACCUCAGCAUCAUCUGAAGAUAUUACCAAUGUGGCUGAUGCAUUCAAUGUAGGAGGAUCUUCUGACAGUGAAUCACCAGACGGUGGAUCUUCAGGCACUGAUAACACGAACUUUGUGUACAACUAUACAGAUGAUUCUGGUACAACAUAUACUGAACCAGAAACCAUAUUGUCUAGCUGUCCACCUGGCUUCUUUGGUGCUGAUUGUAGUCUUGUCUUGGAAGAUGAGAGCACAAACUCAGAAACACAUGGAGUCGCUACAGUUAAUGAAGAUGGCACAAUUACUACAUUUGAUGAUGUAACAUAUGAUGUCACUAUAACUGGUGAGUUCACAUUUGCCAAUACUUCAGAUGGUGUUGUAAGUGUGAAGCUGGUGCCAUGUGGAGAUACAGUGUGUGUAACACAAGUAAGUGUAGAAACAGACAAGGGUGCUGUUGUGGUCCAUGUUCCAUAUGUUAAUACAAGUGAUCCUGUAAUAUUUGAUCAAGAUGGUGAUUCUGUAAACAUUGCUCCAGGGUACAGUGUAUAUGUAGGUGAUAUUGCAGUUUCUCAGCUUAAUAGUGAAACCUUUGUUGUUAAAGAUCAAACUGGUAAUGAAGUCACUAUUACAAUUAUUCCUCCUCAAGAUGGUUCCAUAGAUGAGACCACUGGUGAACCUGGAGUUAAUACUGGAGGAACACAUACCCUGAAAGUAAAUGUAACAGUUGAAAAUGAUGGCUGCAAGUCACUAACAAACUCAUUGUCUGGUUCUUGUGAUGGAAAUGUCAACAAUGAAUUCCAAGAUGUCAAUGAUAAUGAUGUCCCUGUUGGUAUGAUCGAUGAAGAUACAUUGAAUGUUGUUGCAGACCAUAAUUCUGUUAAUGCCAAUGAAUCCAACUUUGUGUAUACAUACACUGACUCUGAUGGUGAGGUUUAUACAGAACCUCAGACAUUUGAGAGCAAGUGUGUAUGUGACUUUUACCUAGAUAGUUGUUGUAUAAGUGUUACAACACCAUCAGAUGAUGGUUCACUUUCUACAACAUCUAUUAAUGGUGAGAACAGCACGCUAACUACAUUUGAUGGAUUGUCCUUCUCACUAGGAGAUGGUGGUGAAUUUGACUUUGUUGAUGUUAGUGAUAUGAAUGUCAGUGUUAAGACAGAAACCUGUUCAACUGGUACAUGUGUUACACAAGUAUUGGUACAAACUGGUGAUGGUAACAUUGUGGUAGUUGCACCUGUUGAUGAAGAAGGGAAUCUCAUCGGAGAAGGUGAUGUUGUAGUUUCAUCUGGUGGUGAAACAACAUCAUCUGUAGACACACUGACUUCAAACACAGUUGGCAAUACCACAAUGGAACAAAAUGAAGAUGGAGACCUGAUCAUUACUGAUUCUGAUGACACAGAAAUAACUAUUAGGGUUAGUGAAAAUGGUGGUUUGGACAUCUCUGUCUCUGUUGACAAAACUAAUUGUGCAGAUAUGACUGGUCUAACUGGAAGUUGUGAUGGUGACAUUGACAAUGAUGUUGUUAUUGAUGGAGAACCAGUCUCUGUUGCUGAUAUAACAUCUGGUGUUCUUAGUGAGAAUAUCAACUGA